GGACGCGUCGGGGGCUUGUGAAUCGGAAGGACGACAGGUCGAGCCACUGUUAGCAUUUUGAGCCACCCGGUGGCGUUUACGUAUCGAAAUAACGUUAGUUUAGUAACGUUAACAACCGAAUGAAGGUAUAUCGCUAGCGGGCUGGUUCACGUCCUGCGCGCAAGGUUGAUGUCAAUAUCUCCCGGGUUUGUGUGUGUGACUUCCUUGUGUGAAUUUGCUGACACUGAUGGUUGUCCAGGCCGUGCAUUGUCAAUGAGGCAAAUGGCUGUUUAGCAAGAUCCGACUGAGGAAACUGCUCCUUGUCCAUAUUUAAGUGUGUGUGCUUGUGACGUUAGCCAUGUUUUGGAAAUUUGACUUGCACACGUCGUCUCAUCUGGAGGCUCUACUGAACAAGGAGGAUGUCACGCUCAUUGAGCUAAUGAAUGAGGAAGAUGUGUUGCAGGAGUGCAAGGCCCAGAACAGAAGACUUCUCUCGUUUGUGAGCCAGGACCAUUGCAUGCAGGACCUUGUCCGUAUGAUUACUACAGAGCCCCCUGCCUGUGUACAGGAGACAAAGCGCUUCAAAUAUCCAAACAUAGCCUGUGAGCUUUUGACGUGUGAUGUGGGAGUGAUCAAUGAUAAGCUGGGUAAUGAUGAGCCUCUGCUGGAAACGCUGUAUGCCUUCCUGGAGCAGCCGUCCCCACUUAACCCCCUCCUGGCAUCUUUCUUUAGCAAGACAAUUGGAAACCUCAUCACACGGAAGACCGAGCAGGUGAUUAGUUUCCUGCGACGGAAGGAGGGAUUCCUUUUGUUGGUGCUGAAGCAUAUUGACACAUCCGCCAUGAUGGAUGUCCUCCUAAGGCUCAUCAGCUGUGUCGAGCCACCUCUUCUAAGGCUCGAGACACUUAUUUGGCUGAAUAAAGAGAAGCUGGCACAGAGACUCAUAGAGCUCAUUCACCCUGAGAGAGAUGAAGAGAGGCAGUCCAAUGCGUCUCAGACUUUGUGUGACAUCAUUCGUCUGAGCAGAGACCAGGCCAAUCAGCUUGCAGAGAUUUCACAGCCUGACCCGUUGCUGACUGUGCUGGAGUCGCAGGAGUGUGUGGAGCAGUUGCUGCAGAAUAUGUUCUCAGCCAAAAGUACUGAGAGCUGUAUCAUCAAUGCAAUUCAAGUGAUUCUCACAUUACUGGAAAUCAGGAGGCCUGUAGUGGAUGGUGUCAUGGAUGCUCAGGGAUUUGAGAGAAGCUACACUGUAAACAGCAGCAUUUUGUUAGCUAUCCAACCACACCUAGUACACUUCCACCAGCUACUUCUGGAGCCACCCAAGCGGAAUCCCAUGCUGACUUCUCUGGGUGUGCUAAAGGAACCAUUGGGGAACACGCGCCUUCACGUAGCCAGACUGAUGGCCUCUUUGUUGUACACCAGCUCUGCCAGUCACGCUGUAGUAGCACAGGAACUCUGCCGACUCAAUACAAUGCACCUGCUUCUGGACUUGUUCUUCAAGUAUACGUGGAACAACUUCCUGCACCUCCAGGUAGAGCUCUGUGUUGCUGCUAUUCUCCGGCCAUGUGCCCAUGAAAUGAGACUUCAGCCUGGCACGGGAGCCCAGGACAAAUCCAAUUCCCCACAGGGUGGCUCACAGGAGCAGGCUUCGACUGAUGCCCUUUCUGAACCUUCAGCCCCCCCUGAAAACUCUGCACAUAAUCUAAUGGUGACUAAUUUAUUUCAGCAUUGUCACCUUGUGCAGAGGAUUCUGGAGGCCUGGGAAGAGAAUGAUAAGAUGCAGUCAGAAGGUGGUAUGAGAAGAGGAUACAUGGGACAUCUGACCAGAAUUGCCAACACCGUAGUCCACAACCUGGAGAAGGGCCCAGUUCACACACAGAUUAGUAGUCUCAUUACAGAGCUGCCAGAAGACUACAGAGGGCGCUGGGAAACCUUUGUGGACCAGACCCUGUCAGAGACUAAUAGGAAGAACACUAUAGACCUGAUUGGUACGGGAAACCCACGUUCUUCCUCAGAGGAUGACAUGGAGAGCCCCUUCCCAAAAGAACUGACUCUACAGCAGGUCUUUUCAGACUACCAGAUCCAACAGAUGACGGCCAACUUUGUGGAUCAGUUUGGCUUCAAUGAUGAGGAGUUUACUGAUCAUGAUGACAGUAUUGGAGCAACGUUUGACCGAAUUGCAGCGAUCAAUAUAAACAUUGAUGCAGGACAGGACAACUCUAAUACAGCUGUGUUUGAGACCUGUUCCAAGGAGAGGAUUCAGCCCUUUGACGAUGAUGAAGAAGGGAUCUGGGAGGAGAAGGAGAUGAAAUUUGCACAAACACAAACCAAGUCCCGUAACAGGUUCGGUGGGUUACGAUCAUCCCAGAGCCCUGCAGCCAGUAAAGAUUGUGAUAGGGCUGAAGCUUCUGUCCCUGAGGCUUCUGACACUGCAGCAGACUCUGACUCAGUGGAAGGAGAGAAGCCGAGAGAUGACCUAGAUCCUUUCUCAAGUCAGAGCCAAACCGAUGGAACUAAGAGUAGUGGCUGGAUAGCAGACUUUGAGGAGGCGAACUCAAAGGCUCCUUCAUUAGGAGGGGGCUUUUCUGCCUGGGACACUCCAGACUCCAAACCAGCCGGCGCAGAGGACAAAGGUUGGGCCAAGUUCUCUGACUUCCAGCCUUUCUGUUGCUCUGAAACCGGCCCUAGAUGUAGUUCUCCCGUGGACUCUGAGCUCAGCGGAUCAGGCAACACUAAACCAAAUCAGAACCCAUGUGUGUGGAGUGUUUGUGUGGCGAGAAAAGCUCCACUGGUAGCGUCAGACAGCUCUUCCUCCAGCAGCUCAGACAGUGAUGAGGAGGUAGGAAAGACUCUUCGCGAGUCGUCAACCAGCGACGCGGUCACCACGGAAACCAUCACAACUGGGGCUGGAAAGGAGACAAUUCGGCUCACCGUGGACGCCAAAAAUGAAAGGGCAGUCUUCAGCAGUGAAGCAGUUACGGUGCCAGGUGAAGGACUCUCCAUGAAAGACAAGGGGAAAAGCAACAAAAAAGACAGCAAAAAGCAAAAGCGUUGUGGAGACUGUCCUAACCCGACGACCGCCAGUCCAACGGACCAGUCGUCUGCUGUCACACAGGAAACGCAGGCAUCAGCUAAUGGACCGGCCUAACGAUGCCUCAAAGGCACACACACACACAGUCAUACCUCUCCAUUCAACACACAACCAGCUUAGCUUUGUGUUAGCAGCCCUCACAUAUCUGAAGAAUGAUAUCUACUCCAUGUGGAGGUCAAAAAAGCCCUGAGUGACACAUAUUUACACACGUGUACAUUGAUCUCUUCUACCUUCUCAUGACUAAAUUAUAACUGAACCCCUGGAAUGAAUGUAUAUUUUAGACAACAUCGCCCGUCUGUUUUGAUGAGCGAUGUGUGUUUUGAAGGCCAGCCGUGGCACUUUCAGAAGACAAAAAUCUAAGUCUGAAAUUUGACCUUUAUCAAACUCGCCAUCAAAUUUCAGAUUGUUUGAGCAAAGCCGCUCUCUGGGCAUUUAAUCACAGCCCAGAGUAUUUUCUCUGUUCGAGCAUUUGACUGUUUACACUUUAGUAUAAACUGUAUUCAAAUAAUUAGUCAAAAUUACAAAAGCCAAGAUGCUUGCAAAGCUAGCAGCCAUUUUCUCUUCUGCAUUUCAUGCCAGAUAUUUUAUUGGUACAAAUGUGAGUGAUAAUUUGGCUUUUUUAUACAUGCAACUAAAAUUAUUUCGCAAUACAAGUAAGAUUUAUUUGACUUGAUCAUGCAAAACAUUUACCCUCUCUUUAGGAAAAUAGGUGUUUUUAUUAGGAGCCUCAGAUUUGGGGAUACUGUGACUCUUCCUCAAUGUUGAAAAGUGUGUGUGCUGUUGUAUCUGCGUGUGUUUGUGUGUGUGUGUGUGUGUGUGUGUUACACUGGUGUGGCCUGAGAAUACAUUCUGUACAUCAGGCAGAGGUCACACACACACACACACACAUACAGAUGGCGCUGUACACCCAUGUAUACACAACUAAUUCCUUACAUGCGUGCAAAGAAACCUGAUGUCCGCACACCGAGUCAUAUCACCCUCUGAGCUGUUGAAAUGUAAUAUUGUGAAAUUUGAUUUGGUGUGUAUUAGGUUGUGGCUAUCCUUGGUAAUAUGUAAACGUAAUAUAAACCGUAAAUAUGAACAUUAUAUCUAUUUUUGGAAUAAAUCCAAUGUAUGGAAAGGCGGUUAUUUGCAGGUGGCAACUUGUGUAGGUAUUGUGUGUGUUGUACUGUUGAAAUGAGGCAAUAAUGAUAUCUGUGUUUCAGUUAAUAUCCCGGCAUCAGUUCCUGUUGCACAACCUCGACGUAGGAGAGGUUGUGCAAGUGUCAGUGUGCGUGAAAUGAGAGUUGGUAGUCUGGUCUUUGACCUCAUUAUUUUAAGUAUAAUGCUGGUUAGGAGCUUGGGUCUUAUUUUCAUUCUGUUUGAAACAAAAUACUUGGUUAACAAAUCUUUAUUGGGGGAAGAAAUAGUUGGUGGCCAUUGAAAUAAUACCAAAACUGAUGCUUCAACCUAUGUUCAUCCUCAUGUUGUUAUUAUUUGUAUGCCUAUGCUUACUUCUCCCAGUAGAGCUUAACACAGUUGUUGAUUUGAUGUAGUUCAUCAGAAGAAAACUAUUUAGCAUAGCACACAUUUUGAUCAUCAAUUAGGCAUUAAUGAUUUUUGGGGGCAAACGUCACCUUAUCUGUUUCCAAAUCUGCAGUUUUUAUUCAUCCAAUGUUAUAACUAACUUUUGAUUUUGGACUGUUUUGAUUUUUAGGAAAUUAUGAUUGAUCUAGGUUUUAUGAUAGUUUAUCGACCAACUGAUGAUCAGUAAACUAAUCAUACGCUGCAGACUAUCAACACGUUAAGGUUUGGCACAAAGUGAAUUGCUGAUUCAUUUAUUAUACCUGGUUAACUACAAUCUAAUCAUAACACUAACAAGACCCAAGUUGUUGUAAACCAGUGUUCUUCUUCAGGUUUGCCUGUGCCCGACGCUUUUGCUUUAUGUCGUCUUUCUUCUUGUAAUUGCAUAUAUGCCGAUGGAACAAUUUGCAUUGUUGUAUUUAUUUAAAAAGCACUUUUUCAAGAAGCACUUUUGGUUUGUAUUUUGGUGAUGCCAAGCACCGCCACACUUUGAACGUUUGACUUCAACCAGUAAAUGAUGUAGAUACUUUAUAAUACUUUUUCUUCAAUGCGUUCUGCCAAAGUGUGUCUUCCCACAAAUGUUACAACUGGCUUUCAUAUCUAUGAAGCAAAGGCGUCUCAGGCAAUCUAAGCCAGUCUUUGUUUGUUCCCUCUCCUUUGUUUUCAUCAUGAGAUGGAGUUAUCCACAGUAAGAGAGGAUGUCAAAGAAAGACUGAGAGAUUCAUCUUGGACCACAGAUAUUUGAGCUUUUAUUAUGUUUUACACUUUGAUGUGUUUUGAAGUGGCGGUGUGUAAAAUAAGCGUUGGUUUGAGUCAGGGUUAGAGGAGAAACUCCUUGAGAGGGCUGCGUGCGCAGUGUAGCUACGGGUAGGAUGUGAUCUUAUGCAUAAUGGCAUGAGGAACAAUACAUUUAUCUUUAAGUGCCAGUAAGUUUGCAUAUUAGCCUCAUUCACCUCGUCGGGAAUGUGCUGGAUCGUACAGUGUAUGCAGAAAACUUGAAUUCAGAGACGAUGGGUAUUAAAUUGUUACUUCAUCCGAUUGUCUGUUCUGCGGCCAUUUCAAACUUUAAAUCUUCCUUGCAUUAUGUGUGUGUAUGUGGGGACUGAUGCUGGUGGGUUUUUUUGUUUCCUUUCUUCUCCUUCAUUUAGGGAUUAAUGUGUCUGUUUCCUGUUGUCAAUUUUGCUUGUACAUUCAGAUAUGAACCUAAUAAAUAUGUCAGACCAAGAA